ACAGUUCGACCCUGCCAGGGAAAUAAUCAUUGAUUAGAAGCACGAAUGUCAAGUCAAUAACUAGUUGCUAGUAGUGCAUAGAAGACCUAACAACCUAAUCCCAAAGACAAUGAGCAUUCAGAAAAAACUCAGCUUUUUAACGACUGUCAUAGAAUUUUUACAAUUUAGUCGUGCUUUUUUCCUGCUCCUCUGAAACAGGUACCCAAAUAAAGACGACAAAUACCUCUCACGCCAUUAAUAAAGUCCAAAGUCAUCCAAGUACCGGAGUUCGCAUAACAAUGACAAUGCAAAAUACAAAGCAAGUACCAGAACCGAUUAUAUACGGACCAGCAAAAUACGAGUAUAAGAAAUUGUGUUAUGCCGAGAUAUUUCAAGUACUACAAUCCUUCCGAAAAGAUGAGGUUUUCUGUGAUAUUAAACUAGAAACAGAUGAUGGUGGAAGUAUAUUCGGUCAUAAAGUGGUUUUGGCAUCGGCUAGUCCAUAUUUCCAUGCAAUGUUCACAAAUUUAAAAAAAAAUAAUCAAGAUAUUGUUGUCAUCAAAAACUUAGAUUCCACCGCAUUACAACUAUUAGUAGAGUUUAUUUAUUCAGGGCAGGUCACAGUCACUGACAAAAAUGUGCAGGAUUUGUUACCG